AUGCACCGAGCCAUCGCCAUCGGUGAGUCACCCACACGCCCCUACUUACCCACGCGUGGCAACGCCGCCGCCCCCGCACGCACCGAGCCAUCGCUAACACAGGAGGAAGCAGAAUUUGCAGUGCCAAAACGCAGUGGCAGCUACUCUGACGACCUGCAACGGAGGGUCACCGGCUCAGACCUCGUCAGAAACAGCGCCAGCGCCCCCGGGACGCCGCUGCACGGCGUGGGGCGGCCGCGACGGAAGCGGCGAACCCGUAUCCCCGACCGACCGAACCAGACGCUCAACCUGUGGAGCAUCAUGAAGAAUUGCAUCGGCAAGGAGCUGGCGAAGAUACCCAUGCCUGUGAACUUCAGCGAGCCACUGUCGAUGCUGCAGCGACUCACCGAGGACUUUGAGUACGCGUCGAUCCUGGACCGCGCCGCGCGCUGCCGCGACCCCCACGAGCAGCUCGCGCACGUCGCCGCGUUCACCGUCUCCUCGUACUCGACGACGACGAUGCGCACGUCGAAGCCGUUCAACCCGCUGCUGGGAGAGACGUACGAGUGCGAUCGCCGCGACGACCUCGGCUGGCGCGCCAUCUCAGAGCAGGUGAGUCACCACCCGCCGGCGGCGGCGAUGUACACUGAGGGCCAGGACUGGCUCGCCUAUCAGGAGUUCACCAUGUCGAGCAAAUUCCGCGGCAAAUACCUGAACAUCAUCCCGCUGGGCAUCGCCCACAUCGAGUUUCCGCGCUCAGGCAACCACUACACGUGGAGGAAGGUUAUGACUACGGUACACAACAUCAUCGUUGGCAAGCUGUGGAUUGACCAGUCGGGUGAGAUGGAGAUUAAGAAUCACAGGACGAAAGACGUGUGUCGGCUCAAGUACUAUGCAUACAGCUACUUCUCACGCGAGGCACCCAGGAAGGUAGAGCCGGAGAACGCACGCAUGUACAACUUCACGGAGCUGGCGGUGCAGCUGAACGAGCCGGAGCCGGGCGUGCCUCCCACGGACAGCCGCAUGCGCCCCGACCAACGCUUCAUGGAGGAGGGCAGGUGGGAGGAGGCGAACGACGUGACCGGCCGGCCGUUCAAGCCCUACGACCCGAUCUGGUUCCGCAAGGAGAAGGACCCGCACACGGGCAACGUCAUCCACAUGUACAAGGGAAACUACUGGGAGUGCAAGGAGAAGCAGGACUGGGGCACGAGUCCCGACGUCUUCAGUUAGUGACGGCGUGGAGGAGGCCGUCGCUGUGAGUCGUGAUGCUGCUACCGUCCGGCCAGGGGGCGCCGGCGCGCGGAGGCGGAGCGCAAGGCGGCCGGAGUCGUCGUUUGCGCCCGCGUUUUUUACUCGUGAUCUCGCGUUGCGGCGACGUCCGCCGCUUGUUCUGUCGAUGCUGCGCCCUCGAGGCUUCCAGCCGUCGCCGCCAGGUGGCCACGCGGAGUGGAGCGAGUUUGACGCGUGGUGCGCGUUUGCCCCGCAUACAUAUCAGCGGUGCGCCGCGGCGCCACCUACAGUUGUGAUCGCGAUUCGCCGUGGGGGCACUCAUUGGACGCGCAGCCGCCAUGCCGCCGGUCCGGUGUCAAGAUGGCGCGCCUCACGCACCUCUGAGCGACCCACCACCCCCACCCCACCCCCGCUCGCCACCAGCCCUCUGCGGCGCUGCUACUCCCAUAUAUAGCUUUUACGGAUGCGACGGUGUGCGUGAAUCGCUCGGCGCGUUAGCGACCGACGUCUCGGCGCUACCUGCCCUACGCCUUCCAUUAUCCUACGCAAUUGGCUAGCGGCGCCCCCUGGUGUCGGGCGGCCUGUCCGAGGGAGAGUGCGUUCAUUCUUUUCGGGCCGAAACGCGAAGAGUCGAGAUGCGCGCUGCAGAGUGACUGGGUGGGGGCGGGGUUCAGCCGACGGGCGUGUAUCGUUUCGUGAGGGCUUGCUCGACGUGUGUGUUGUGAGCUGGUAUGUAGUGGUGAGGGGUGCAGAGGCUACAGGCAGAGAGAGAGAGAGAGAGAGAGAGAGAGAGAGAGAGAGAGAGAGAGAGAGAGAGAGAGAGAGAGAGAG